AUGGUCAAUGUACCCCAAACCGGAAGAACUUUCCGUAAAAAGUGCGGCAAGCAUCAACCUCACAAAGUGAUCCAGGAUAAGACAAGGAUUCCCUGUACAUGCCAGGAGAGGUGCUCCGAUCAGAAGCAGAGUGGUUACGGUGGACAGACAAAGACAAUUUUCAGGAAGAAGGCUAAAACCACAAAGAAGAUCGUGCCAAGACUUGAAUGUGCUGAGCCUCAUUGCAGGUCCAAAAGGAGGCUGGCCACUAAGAGAUGCAAGCAUUUUGAACUGGGCGGUGAUAAGAAGAGAAAGGGCCAAGUGAUCCAGUUCUAA